CACAAAAAAAAACAUAUACGAUAACAUAAAAAAAAAUACACACAAAAUAAAUAAUAAAAAAACUUCUCAAUGUCCCUCUAUGGAAAUCCUCGCAUUUAAAGUUUAAUACCACAAAAAAAGAAGUUCCCUAAAAUAAGACAAAAACUACCGAAAUCAGCAGCAACGUACACGCACACAUACAUAUAAGCAUAAACGAAAGCAUUCAGCGAAACCACAAUAAAAGAAUUCAUUAAUCAAGUAAUCAAGUGUUUUUCGAAGUCACUAAACCAAAAAAAAAGUUCAAGAUCGACGCAUUUUGCUUAGGCGUUCAUAAAACGAAAAAGUAAUUGUAUGAAAAAUCGUGUAACUAAAAUAAAACUCGUUCAAUAAUUGCAUUAAUAUAUUAUAAAAUCGCCUACAUUUUAGGAUUAUAUUGAAAUAUGAUUGUCUGUUACAAAUAACGGUGUUGUGUGAAGUAGGAUUAGAGUAUAUCAAAUAGCAACUAGAAUUUUGAAGAUUUUGCAGCUGAGCAGCAGGCACGCAAAGAAGACGAGAAGAGUUUACACCCACUGCAGUUCAUCAUGGUACAGAUCACUGCCAUAACUAAUCAAUAAUUGCGCUAAUAUUAAACAGAAGAUAUCCAAAGUGUACUAACAUAAGUCAGCAUAAUAACCAAGAACCAAAACCAAAAUACCAUUUAAAACAGCCAUCAACAUUCCUAAAAUAAACAUUUAAUAUAUAACCACUGAUUGCUAUUCCAAGUAAUAAACUGGAUCAUUGGUAUUUUUAAGUCUAAGCGUCAAGAAUAAUCUACACUUGCAACAGCACAAAUUAGUUAUAAACAAAACUUACGGAAACCUAAACUGUAAGCCGGAGCAGCAGCAUAAAACUCUUGGGUUGUAAUUUAAGUAAACAAAAAAGGAACUCCGAAGAAUAUAUAAAAAUAACGCUAAGUAUAAUUUACUAAAAAUGAAUUCGAAAUAAAAGUAACAAACUGAAAGUGGAGAGAAUUAAUAAAUAUUUCAAUACUCGCCAUAAAACUUAGGCAGCUAUAAGCAGUACAAUAUCGUACCAAAUACAGUAGCAACGCGAAUUUUAUUUUAUGCAGCACUGAGACACACAUCAACGCACUAAAGCUGCAACAGGAAGUGAAAGCUUGUUUUGCGAAAUCAACAAAGCUCUGCCACUAACUGCAAGGAAGUAAAUCGAGGUUAAAUCUGCGCAAAUGCGUAAAAAUGGUGUCGAUCGAGGGCGAAGACGAUCACAAACGCCAUAAUGUGAGUAAAAGCGCCAAAAAUGCAACGCUGCGAAAGCUUAGCGCAGAAAACGGUGAAAGUGCGAAGCCUAGAAUAAGGAAAAGUAGCAGAAGUAGCAGCAACAACAAACGCAAUGUCACUUAUUUGCAUUUUUUACGCAAAACUCGUAGAAAAAGCAACAAGCACAGCUUUAAAGCAACCUCGCCUACCACAAAUGCACGAAAAUGGCAAGCGUUAAGCGCAUAUUUGCAAAAGCUGCUGGUCGCGCAUAAGAGGAACUACAGCGUGGCUGCGUCAAGCUUUCACGACGCGAAAAGUUUAGAGAACUUGCAUUUAAGUGAAAGCUCUGCCGCAAAAUGCAUAAGCAAUAUGAGUAUAUGGAACAAUCACUUGAGUUUAGAAGAUGCGAAAGACAGUGAUGAAAUGAAGCGAAUAUAUGGCAUGGCGCGUAGCAAGAGUGCGUCGAGCUUAAGCAGUAAAAGUAGCAGCACUUCGCAGCCACAAUCGAGUUGUAGUGGUGAAAGUGACAGUCCCGUGAAAGCUGAAGGAAAGCACAGCGGCAAUCAGAGCGGGAAAAACUGUUACAAUGCUGGCCAUAAGCGCUGCAGAAUCGACUGGCCUGACAAAAACCACAACUAUAUAAUUAUAAGCAAUAACCAUGAACCAAAUGGCAGCUAUAUUAGAAGGCCGCAAUUAACCGAAAGACUGUGCACACGCAAAAAAAGACGCUUGCGGCGGCGUCGAAAAAGAAAGGACACUCAUCGCGCAGAAAACCUAAUUCAUUGUCUAGACGUAGCUAGCGAGCAACAGCUAGUAAACACAUCUUCAUCAAUAGUAUCGACACUUAACGCACAACAGGAAUCACAACAAACUUCAACUGAUUCACAAGCACAACCAACAACAAUAGCGACAGCCACAGCGCCAACGCCAGCAAGCACAAAUCACAACAUGCUCGAGAGCAUGUCAGUAACCGCUGAGUUAUUGUCGUUGGCAAAAAUAACUGCAGCGCAAAAGUAUAUGUCGCCAGCUAGCGAGACACUUCCAAAACUUAGCAAUUCUCUUAAGCACCGCAAUAAAAGUUGCUGUAGCAGCAAUGCAACUACUGUGCAACAGCAAGCAAAGAGAGGCAAUAAAGGUGCAACAAUAAAAGCCACGCCGUCAGCUUCAUCGGCAGCACUCGCCGCAACGCCUGCCAUACGCUUGCCGGCAUUUUAUGCAGCCAACACGUUGCGCCUCUUCUUAACCGCAUUGACAACACUGAUUGCCAGCACAACACCCACGACGUUCACAGCCACGAAAUACUCAUGGAUAUUUUUGUGGAUAUAUGUGAAUUUAACUGCUAGAGUUGGUCUAGCAGGAUAUCAUGAAAAGAGACUGCUACAUGAUCUAUUAGAUCCUUAUAAUACUCUAGAGCGUCCGGUUUUAAACGAGUCGGAUCCAUUACAAUUAAGCUUUGGUUUAACUUUAAUGCAAAUUAUCGAUGUGGAUGAGAAGAAUCAGUUGCUCGUCACGAAUGUUUGGCUGAAAUUGGAGUGGAAUGACAUGAAUCUCCGUUGGAAUACAUCCGAUUAUGGUGGCGUUAAAGAUUUACGCAUACCGCCGCAUCGGAUAUGGAAACCGGAUGUGCUGAUGUACAACAGCGCUGACGAGGGUUUCGAUGGCACAUAUCAAACGAAUGUGGUGGUGCGCAAUAACGGUUCGUGCUUAUAUGUGCCGCCGGGCAUAUUCAAGUCCACAUGCAAAAUCGACAUCACGUGGUUUCCAUUCGAUGAUCAGCGCUGCGAAAUGAAAUUCGGCAGUUGGACAUACGAUGGAUUUCAGCUGGACUUGCAAUUACAAGAUGAAACUGGCGGUGAUAUCAGCAGUUACGUGCUCAACGGCGAGUGGGAACUAUUGGGUGUUCCUGGCAAGCGUAACGAGAUCUACUACAACUGCUGUCCCGAACCAUAUAUCGACAUCACCUUCGCGAUCAUCAUUCGUCGUCGCACGUUGUACUAUUUUUUUAAUUUGAUCAUACCGUGCGUGCUGAUCGCAUCGAUGGCGCUGCUGGGCUUCACGCUGCCACCGGAUUCGGGAGAAAAGCUAUCGCUGGGUGUUACUAUUCUGCUUUCGCUCACCGUCUUCCUCAACAUGGUGGCUGAAACAAUGCCAGCCACAUCCGAUGCCGUGCCACUGUUAGGUACAUAUUUCAAUUGCAUAAUGUUUAUGGUAGCUUCAUCCGUUGUGUCAACGAUUUUAAUAUUAAAUUAUCAUCAUCGAAAUGCUGAUACGCACGAAAUGUCCGAAUGGAUACGCAUCGUAUUUUUAUGUUGGCUGCCAUGGAUUCUACGCAUGAGUCGUCCUGGUAGGCCCCUGAUACUGGAAUUCCCCACGACACCGUGCUCGGACACAUCAUCGGAACGGAAGCAUCAGAUAUUGUCCGAUGUUGAACUGAAGGAGCGCUCUUCGAAAUCGCUGCUCGCCAACGUUCUGGACAUCGACGAUGAUUUCCGACACAACUGCCGACCGAUGACGCCCGGCGGCACUUUGCCCCACAAUCCCGCAUUCUAUCGCACCGUUUAUGGUCAAGGCGAUGACGGCAGCAUCGGUCCGAUCGGUAGCACCCGCAUGCCGGAUGCCGUUACGCAUCACACUUGCAUCAAAUCAGCAACGGAAUAUGAACUAGGUUUAAUUUUGAAGGAAAUUCGCUUUAUAACCGAUCAGCUACGCAAAGAAGACGAGGAAAAUGACAUUGCCAAUGAUUGGAAAUUCGCAGCUAUGGUCGUUGACAGACUGUGCCUUAUCAUAUUCACAAUGUUCACAAUAUUAGCCACAAUAGCUGUACUACUAUCAGCACCACAUAUUAUUGUCUCGUAGCCAUAUGAGCGAGGUUAUUGUUAUUGGUUUUAUUAUAAAAUCAAUUUGUUAAUUAUUAAAUUAAUAACGAAAAUUUUUA